AUGUUGGGCAGUCAUUCAAAAUUAAGUAUCGCACAGAUCGUGUUUUAUAUACCGGUAACGGCCAUUGCGCUCUACUUUGCGUGCUAUCGACACAGGCGACCUCGCAUGGCAUGGAUUAUCCUGACUUUCUUCUCACUCGUUCGUAUCACUGCAGGCAUCUUGGUCAUCAUUGCACAGAAGACUUCCAGCACUGGCGUGAUGGUAGCUUCGGUCAUCUUCCUCAAUGCUGGCGUGUUUCCCUUGAUCGCAGCAACUUUAGGAUUUAUUCGAAUCAUAGUUGCUCUUGAACGAGACAUGAGCCGACAAAUUCGGCAAUGCUUAGUUGUAUCCCGAGUCCUUUUUAUUGUCGGGAUCGGACUUACCGUUGCAGGCGGGGCUCUGGAAGGAAGCGACACCAACAGUGAUGUACUCAUCGGCACUAAACUUGUCAAAUCCGGAUACAUCAUCGUGGUGGUUUUUGUCGGGUGUUUACUGGCCAUGCAAGUGUAUUUCUGGACACAUCGUUCUUGUCUCUCAGUUACAAGCAGAACGAUUCUCAACGCCACGGCUCUGGCUACGCCCUUCAUAGCCGUUCGUAUCAUAUAUCUCUUUCUGUCUGUGUUCCAGCCAUCCGACUUGAGGUGGAACGACCUGAGUGGUCCAAUUGCCCCAUUCUUGACUAUGGGGUUGUUGAUGGAAUAUUCUGUUGUUACGAUCUAUCUCAUUACGGGGUUCAUUAUCCCUAGUUGGAGGCAUAUCUCAAAGCCGGAAAUUCUCUUGAGUGAAGCAACAAGGUGA